AUGGCGAACAAUAAGCCAGGACAAAUAUCUGAUAAAUUGGUUCGAUGGGAGGCCGAAAAGAACCCAUUGGCACCUCUAAGUCAGUCUCAAAUCAACGGAUAUCUGAGUUUGUCUGAACACAUAGGCGAUAGCGACUUUAUGUCUUUAGAAAUCAAAGACCACAACAAAGAUAAACCAAGUAUAGAUGAAGAGCCACAAGUUUUAAAUAGAAAUAUUGAAUCUGCCGAGGAUUUUCAUAAAUUAUAUUACGAGAUAGCACAAAAAUGGAUGUCCUCGGAAAUUAAACCAUGUAUACAGCUUGCAAAUGAACUACGAAGUCAGUUGGACGAGUGGAAAUUAAUGCUAUCCAAGAUGGACGAGUGUAUGCAGCUCAUCGGUAUGUUGGAAGAAAAAUACAGCGAGGUUUCAAAAAAAACAAACUCUUUAUAUUUGGCUGGAGAAGAACUACAUACUGAUCAGACAAGUCUGAGUAACAUAUGCCAAGAAAUCAAUGAACGUUUAUCCAUCUUCAAUGCUGCUGAUUCUAUACACUCGAAAUUGGAUUCACCUUCGUUCAUUGUCACCAGUGAAAUGUUUGCUAACAUGAUGAUGUCCAUUGAUAACGGAAUUGAUUAUUUAAAUUCUCAUAUGUCAUAUAAAGAGAGCAAUAAAUAUCUUGCUCUGUAUGUAAAUGCCAGGUACAAGGCUCUAUCGCUUGUUCAAACUUACAUAACUCAAUGUCUUCAGACUGGAACUGAGAGUUUAGACACAACUGAAUUCAUAGCACACUAUGGGAAGUUUCAAGCAAUUGCUACAAAAGUACGACCAGUGUUAGAAUUAUUGGAAAACCGAAUAGAUUUGGAUGCAGUAUAUGCUACGGCAUUGGAAGACUGUGUGAUGGUUUAUGUGACACGACGUAAAGCUCUUCUUGGUUCGUCUAUCAGUAAUACACUGUCAAACUACACGUCAAGUGGGAGUGAUUACUGUUCAACGUUACGUUCAUCGUGUAAAAUACUCAUACAAUUAACUCAUGACGAGAACCGAUUGUAUCAAUGUUUCUUUACAAAUAAAUCUCCAGUAUUCAGAGAAUACCUGGAAACUGUUUGUAUGCAUUUGUAUGACAUGCUCAGACCAUUAGUAAUUCACAUGAAGCAUUUUGAAACAUUGGUUGAACUUUGUACAAUCCUAAGAAUAGAAAUAUUACAAGACUAUGUUUCUGAGGAUGAAUCGCUUGAGGUUUUUGGAUCUGUAGCAGAGUUACUAUUACAAGAUACACAAGAGCGUUUAGUGUUUCGAGCGAAUUUGUACUUUGUCACAGACAUUUCCGAGUAUAAACCAUCACCUGGUGAUUUAGCGUAUCCAGAAAAAUUAAAACAAAUGGAAGCAAUUGCGGAAGAAAUGCAAUAUCGACAGUUGACUCGAUACGACUCAACUGGAAGUUUAGUGUCAUCUGUAUCUGAAGCACCAUCAGUUAUGUCAAAACAGUCUAUUGGUGGAUGGACUUCUGCUGCAGAUCUUCAUGGAAUGUGGUAUCCACCGGUUAGGCGUACGUUGAUGUGUUUAUCACGUUUGUAUAGAUGUGUUGAUAAGACAAUUUUUCAAAGUCUUUCUCAUGAGGCAGUUGCUUUGUGUUUGAAAAACAUACAUCAAGCUGCUCUGAUGAUAUCUCAAAAAAAGACUCCAACAGAUGGUUCUUUGUUUGAGAUAAAACAUUUGUUGAUAAUCAGAGAACAAAUAGCACCGUUUCAAGUAGAUUUUACUAUUAAAGAAUUGAACUUGGAUUUUAGUAAAAUGAAAAAUGCCGCUUGGGGUUUAUUUCAAAAACACGACAAAAUGUUUGCUUUAAACUCAAGUAACUCAAUCAUUGAAUUUUUACUGGAAGGAACACCGGUAGUACUAGAAAACUCUGUGGAUUCAAGACGUUUAGUAGAUCAGACAUUGAAAGAGUCCUGUCAAACAUUCAUUAAUCAUUCAUCUAAUGCAUUAGUAUCACCAUUGUCUAUGUUUCUAGAUGAAGUUCAAAAGUAUAUUAAAUGGUGUAAUAUGCAAGGAUUCCUGGCUAUUGUUAAACAACAAGAAUUCGCCCAACCUAAAGCUAUUCACGAUAAAGUACAAGAAUCGUUGAAAAAAAUCAAAAAGGAUUUACCAAUGAUCCAUCAAAGUAUGGCGUUGUACUUGGCCAAUGGAGACACACAGUUUGUUUUGUAUAGGCCUAUCAAGAAUAAUAUUUUGCAUAUGUUUACAAAAAUUCAACAAUUUUUAUCAACAAACAGUUACACUAAAGAAGAACAACAAUUAAUUGCGUGCCCUACAUCUGAACAGAUGUCUAUGUUGUUAUCUACUUCAUCUUUGGCAUCUACUAAGUCGAACUCGAGAAAAACAAGUGCUGUAUCCAUUGAUGAACAUCCGGCUGAAACUAAUGAAAAUUCUACGUAGUAUUAAAUCAAUUUGAUUAAAUUUAAAUGGUCUGUGAUAAAUGUUAUGAAGUAUUCAUUCAUUAAAAAUAAUAAAGUUAUUAUUUAUUACUUA